AUGGUGGAUGCUGUAAAAUCUUUUGCGACAUCAACUCAUAACGGUGUGUUCAUAAACUCAUGCUUCGCACACUGCCAAUCCGAAAGACAGGACACUUGGUAUGCACCAGAUUCUCCUACUGUUCAUGGCAAGACCGUUGCUAAAUCUGUCGGUGAUUGUUACCAUGUCAAGAUGCUGAAUACUCAGUGUUGCCUAACUAACGCAACUCCAGCUUUGAUCCCGAGCAAUGUGAAGCAGACAUCACUAUUCUUCCUUCAUAUAUGUCCGUCUUCGCAGCGAGUCGUGUACCUGAAGCUCGCAGGUCGGCUAUUGCUGGUUGUUUCUCCGUCUCAUUUGGAGCUUUGGGGAUCUUCUCAGCAACGAGUUGAGAAGUCUGUGCGAGAAGAAGGAGAGAAUUUGCAUGCUGUGUGGAGUCCAGACUCUAAAUUGAUUGCUGUUCUUACAUCAUCUUUCUUUCUUCAUAUAUAUAAAAUAAAACCCGGAGAGAGACAACCAUCGGAGUUGUGUUUUGCAACCAUAUCUCUUUUGCUAAGUGAGCAGGUCCCUUUUGCUGGGAAGGACUUGUCUUUGAGCAAUUUUGUGAGGGACAGCAAAACUAUGCUUUUGGGACUCUCUGAUGGAUGUUUAUAUAGUAUUUCCUGGAAAGGAGAGUUUGGUGGAGCUUUCAGUAUUGGCUUCCAUUCUUCUGAUAGCAACAUUGAUAGACUCUUGUCCUACACUUUUGGUAAUGGGCUAGUUUCUGGAGUAGCUUCGGAAACACUUGCAUCUGAUAAGGAUUUCUUAACAAAAUCGGCUAUUGUUCAGCUAUUGGUUAAGAUUCUUAAUAGUUUGUUCUUGUUUAUAGGGUUUGAAGCUUGUCUCGGCUUGAAGCAAUCGUUGAGAUUCUUUUUGGGGACAUUGUCCCUUGCAAACUGUGAAUUGAACUGGCUGGGUAGUGCAUGCAUGUUGGGAGUUGGAAAAGAGAUUUCGAUGGGAAUGACCUCCGGGUAA